GCGCUGCCUGCCGGAGAGCGGGGCCCCUUCCAGUCGAGAGAUGGCGGCCACCGCGGGCAGAUCGCUGCUGCUCCUCUUCCUCUCCCGGACUCCCGGCGGAGGAGGAGCGGCGGCGGGACUGGCGGCCGCCUCCGGAGGCUGCUUCCCGGGCUUGGGGAGGCACCGCCAGCAGCAGCAGCGGCACCGGACGGCACACCAACGGCUUCUUCCAUGGCAAACCAUGAGAGUGGUCUAUUGCAGUACUGUAGUGCCCUCUGAUGAUGUUACAGUGGUUUACCAAAAUGGAUUACCUGUAAUAUCUGUGAAUCUUCCAUCACGCCGCGAACGUUGCCAGUUUACACUUAAGCCUAUCUCAGACUCUGUUGGAGUAUUCUUACGACAACUACAGGCAGAAGACCGGGGAAUUGACCGGGUUGCCAUUUACUCACCAGAUGGGACACGUGUAGCCUCUUCAACAGGCAUAGAUCUUCUACUCCUUGAUGAUUUCAAACUAGUAAUUAAUGACUUGACUUAUCAUGUUCGUCCACCAAAGAGAGAUCUCCUAAGCCACGAAGAUGCAACCACGCUGAAUGAUGUGAAGACAUUGGUUCAGCAGCUAUACACCACACUGUGUAUUGAGGAGCACCAGCUGAGUAAGGAGAAAGAGCUGGUUGGGCGGCUAGAAGACCUCAAGCAGGAACUAGCUCCACUGGAGAAGCAGGCUAGGAUGGAAAUCUGCAGAAAAGCAGAGAAGAGGACCACUUGGGUGCUAUGGGGUGGCUUGGCUUACAUGGCCACCCAGUUUGGGAUUCUUGCCCGGCUCACCUGGUGGGAGUACUCUUGGGACAUUAUGGAGCCAGUCACCUACUUCAUCACAUAUGGCAGUGCCAUGGCAAUGUACGCGUACUUUGUGGUAACGCGUCAGGAGUACGUAUACCCAGAUGCCAGAGACCGGCAGUACUUAUUAUUUUUCCAUAAAGGAGCCAAAAAGACGCGUUUUGAUCUAGAAAAAUACAAUCAACUCAAGGAUGCUAUUGCUCAGGCAGAACUGGACCUCAAAAGGCUUCGAGACCCCUUGCAGGUGCAUUUGCCUGUCCGACAAAUCAGCGACAAAGACUGAUCAGCCUAGGACCUCUGAACCCUGGCAGAAUUGGCAAACCUGUGCAUAGCUUUCGCCUCUUUAAUUAAAGUAUUGCAGGUGGAAGCUGGGAGGUCUUGUGGGGGUGGAGGGCUUUUUUAUCAUUCAGAAGCAAGCAAGGCCCUUGGCUGGGGUGGGGGCAACGUGUUCUGCCAGAAGAUCAGGCACUGUGGGAUGUUAAGUCUUUUCAAAGGGCUUGGCGAAUAUUGUCACAUUCAAACUUUCCUUUUGAAAAAUAUGUAUUUUUUAAAAAGUUGGACGUUUCAUUAAGCGACUGAAUGAGGGGAGGGCAUAUUUUUCCAGCUUUGCAGUGUCUGCCUCUUGAUGAUGCACCAGCAGCCUGCUCAGCUUUUUUUUUUAAUGCCCUCUCUUCUAAAUACCAAUACUAAUAAAUAAUUGUGCACUAAAGUGAAGAAAAGUCAAGCCAUUUUAAGAUGUUAUGGCUGGGGAUGGGAACUAGAGCUCUGCCUCCAUUGCCAACUCUGUCCUCCAGAUUGGACCUAAUGUGUCUCGGAGGUGGAGGAAGGAGGUAGCUUUAAUGCGGAGCUGCUUUUUACUUAAAAAAAAAAAUCAUGAGCUUCCCCUACCAAACCUACUCACUAUCAAGCAGACAUUCUCCUUUGCUGAAUGGUUACUGCUAUACUCAGUUUGGUCAGGACCGCAAACUGAGGACCAUUGAUCAUUGACACUUUGAAUUAUCCCUCAAUGCCGUCUUUAGAAACUUUGGCGUGUCCCAUUACGCUGUAACUACUACUACGUAUAAAUGGUGAUGUUGCAUGACAGAAUUCUUCAUAUUCAGUCUUAACUGGGAAAGUGUCCCCUACCCCUACUCUUUCCAACUCAAUUUUUUAGCCACUCAGAUUAUUAAAUCCAAAAAUAUAUGAAUGCGUAUUGUGCAUAUACAUUCAUAUAUCUAUAUAUUUUUGUUUAUAUAUAUAUAUGAAUGAAUAGGGUCAGAAUCAUGAUGCUACACAAAGCAGCUUUAGAAUUGUGGUGAUUGCAUUUAAUGUGUCAAAAUAAAUAAUAAUGUGUCAAUGAAUUUGCCUGGUUUAGAGGCUUUGUCAGUGGCCUGAAGCCAAAGGCACAGAGUCCCGCCUUGGUUCACAGUCCUCUCUUAUUUAAGUAGCUUUAAAAGAAUGCUUGUUGCCUGAGGGUCAGGAUUUCUGUGGAGAAACAGAUUGCAAACUCUUUUACUUAAGAGUUAAGGAAAUGGUUCUCCUCCUCCUCCUCCACUUCUUGCAAACCAGCUGACCUUCUUUUUCCCUUUCCAUAAGUGGAUCUUGCAUCCUGCACUGAGUGGAAUCGGCCCCCUCUUAUCAUCCUGUUUGAUAAAUAUUGUGGAGACAGGAUGAAAGUAGGAGAAGGGCUUGACGCUUAAUCCACAGAAAGAAAGGCCAGGUGUUUCCUUUUGGGUCACUACUUCUCACUGUGUUAAGGCGAGAGGCUCCCACUUUCUGGAGAACCAUGUUUUAAAGUGUACAAAAUAAAUAUAAACCAGACGCCAGGUGCCUUGCCAAUGUGGAAACGCAGACAGGAUUGUUGCUGCCUCCUCCCACUCGAUGGCAUGUUGGACUGAAUGGAUGCAUGUUUCAAGGUGUUCUUCUCUCCUCACCUCUCUUCCUCUGUCUUUCUGUUUUCAGUUAUGUUUCUGGGUUUUUCUUUCUCUCUAAAGACCUGUUUUAUCCCCUUUGUAUGCCGCAUUUUGAAAAGGAAGAAAACGAGCAGUCCUGUAACGGAAUCCUUUGUGUGUGUUUGGGGUAAGGGAGGGGGCAUGGAGAAAAGUCCUUAAAAAUAAAGCAAAAUACUGAACAUGUGUAAAAAAAAUCCUGUAUCAUUUAUUAAAUAUGUAUAAAAGAGCAAUGUACUUCUGGAACAAUAAAUAACUAUUCAGUUUUUGAA